AACAAAUGUGUGAAAACCGGGCGGACUUGAAUUCGUAAAGGACGUUUUGAUCUGCCCGAUGGAAAGACGACACAAGUGCAAUGUUGAUAACACGGAUACCUCUCGAUUUUUUUCAAAAUAGGAUAAUACAUUAAAUUCGUUUUUUGGCGGACCUAAUUGUCUACAGGUGCGGGACUCGUGAUGGUUAGAGAACCAGUCAAUGGAGCAACAGUAAUGUCACGUGACCAUAUCAACAUUGGUGACCAUGGACAGUAGAAUUCGAGAUGAAGUGGGUCAUAGCUACUUCCGGUAUGCUAACGAGUCGAGUGUGGACAACCUCACGGAGUAUAUUGACGGGUUACGAUCGAACCACACUACCGUUGAGAGUACGCCAUUUUUCAAAUACAUCAUCGGGUUCAUCCUCGCGUUUAUGAUCCUGACGACUUUAGCCGGGAACUGCUUGGUGGUUCUGGCAGUUGUGAACUACCGACGGUUACGGACGGUGACAAAUUGUUUGAUAGUUUCCUUGGCAACGGCCGACAUUGCUGUGGCUGUAUUCGUCAUGCCGUAUUCCCUGAUCUACGAGAUGGUGGGCGAAUGGAAAUUCGGGUGGAUAUUUUGCUAUUUUUGGAUAUCGUGUGACGUCAUGUGUUGUACGGCGUCAAUCUUGCAUCUGGGGGUAAUUUCUUUAGACCGGUAUUGGGCAAUCACAGAACCUUUGCAAUAUAAACGCCGAAUGUCGAGGUGCCGGACUACAUGUUUGAUAACAGGCGUGUGGCUAUGCAGUUGUACUAUAUCUUUCAUUCCAAUUUACCUCGGAUGGUUCGCAGACGACGUCAGCAUCCUUUACAAAAACCAGCCUAGUUGCGGUUUGGCAGUUAAUAAAGUUUACGCGGUUAUUUCCUCCGUUACGUCAUUCUAUGUGCCAUUGAUAGUGAUGGUGUUUGCAUAUUUACGAAUAUUCCGAAUUGCUCGGUACCAGGCCAAGGAGAUUCAUCGUAUGGAGCGCUCUUUCAGGAAUCAUUGCGAUGUUGGUAAUAAUGUCGGAGGCAAGAAGAAAAAACCAUCUCACAAAGAUAGUAAAGCGAUCAAGACGCUGGGAACCAUUAUGGGUAUUUUCAUCAUUUCGUGGCUUCCGUUCUUCCUCAUGUACGUCAUUUUGCCAUUCUGCCAAUCAUGCUACCUCCCAAAGGAGGUGGAGUCCGCAAUCACGUGGCUAGGCUACGCUAACAGCUUCAUCAAUCCCUGUGUUUACGCUUUCCUGAACAAGGACUUCAACGUGGCGUUUCGACGUCUACUCUCCUGUCCGAAUCGGAGCUAUGGAGAUAAGAAAAAGAUAAUCAUCCGGUACGACCGCCACGGGUGUCUGGAUGGUAACUCCCGUUCCAACUCAUCCAUGAAAACCCCUAAGAGACUCUCGCCCGAAACGCCAGGGAGGUCGCCGGCUAGGUCACCUGUUAUUCCAGAACAGCGCCGCAACUCCGUAGAAACAGCCGAGGUACUUUUAACGUCCGACCUUGGAAUAAGUAAGACACAUUAUAUCAAUCCUAAUUGGACACAGUCUGGCAGAUAAGAAGAGGCUUAGAAACCAGAACCAUGCCUUUAUUAGAGAGGUUACGCAGCACGUGGAACAUGUCACUUUUAGCUUGUCACGGGUGACGUGCGAAGUCGGGACAAGUAAGGCGUUCACUUCAUACCUUUUCACCUUCUUGUCAUGACAUGUCAAGUCUGUCAAGUCGGUGACAAGUGACAUUCGACUCGGGACAACUGACAUAUGACAUCAUGAAGUUUAUGUAAACCCAGGCAAUGCUAUUACAGCGUUCAGUAGACUGCCGAAUUCCAUUUUUGAAAUAGUAGUUAUAGUUGUACAAUAAAAGUCUGUUUUUAGUGAUGACACGGUCGUCUUGAUUGUCAUUUACUAUAUCGGGGAUUGCGCAAUAUUGGUCGCUGAUAUAGCCGCACAUUGAGAUAUGGAUAACUUGAUUUCGUGGUUUAUUCCAUUCACUCGCAUAUGCAUAAAAGCACGUUCUCGUGUUGACGAUUACUCGAAACGGGAAGUUGACUAGAACGGACGGUAACAUAACGCGAACUUGACGGGAACGUGUUCAUUCUCCAAGCGUCGUCAAUGGUGAUCAUCGUUGUCAAGCCUCACUCGACAUACUGGCUUUUCAAUCCAUGUUACAAGCAGUGCACUGUACACAUUGGAUCUGUGGCAGAGGGAGUAUGUGAGAAUUUCAGCGGGUGCGUGUAAAAUUCGACUGACGGACCGAAGACCAAGAGAUUGGAACGUGUUGUUGGGGGAGCUUGGCGGGAUCAUAAGGCGAACUUGACGGGAACGCGUUGGGAGCUAGGCGGGAACAUGACGGGAGGAUCACCGACGACGGUGGAACGACUGGUUAAGAGUUUUCAUCAUCGCCGUGUUGUCUCCAUUAUAUCAACAGAAUCAAACAGCAUGGGAACGACAUACUCCGGCCCAUGUUGAUGUUCUUACUGGAGACACCUUGAGCUAUAUUCAAUUCCCAUUACGCUGUCAGAAUAAGCUGAUGUAAUACAAUCAAAGGCGGAUUAGAAUAGUAGCGACGAAUCAGAAAGCAUUUUCAUCAUCUGAGGCACCAGAGAGAGAUCGAAUUACAGUUCCGCCGUGUUGAGUGAAUUAAACCUGUAUAAAUUUCAUUUCGGGCUUUGAAGUUUGACCGUGCAUGUUGUUAGGCUACCACCAUUUUGGCGAGAACUUGGAAUCCCACAGCAAUCAAAACUCCUUCAAAAUGAAUUGAAUGCCAAUUUCACAAGGAUGGGAGUCUGUUCUUUGUUUUCCAGAGAACCGCCUCCUGACAUUGGCUUCGUGCAAAUAGCCUCCCGCAUAGCCGUCACACCCUAUCACAGCCCCAGAGGCCAUUUUAUUAGCUAAUACUUUGUCAUACAGCCAUCAAAGGGAAAAUAACCACAAUAUCUCGGCCACAGGUGCUGUUAUAAUUACGCUCAUAAUUGCCUCCCUCCCGGCAGCCGUAUUUGAAUAUUGCGGUAAUGAAUUCACCCCGCGUUUUGUUUUCCAAAAGGUUGCCUAGCACCCGAGGGGGUGGCGCUUAUUUCCGAGCUUUCAAGUUUCAUCACUUCCAAACGCUAUACCGUAAUUACUCAAUUUCCAAACACGGCGACUAGCAUCCGCUUGCUUUUGAGAUAAACGCAUUGUGAAUGGCAGCACCCUCUUUCGGCGCAUGUGAGUCCAAUUGUUGCUUAAAGAUGACGGGUCACUUGUACCUUCCCGAGUGCGACCGACGCCGGGCACUAAUUAACCAAACUUAUUUUAGCUUUGAAAUUAGUCAACGAAAAGGUCACUCUAACUUCUUUGGUCUAUUAUCAUCGUUUAUUGAUUUUGAUACUGAAACUUCUCAAUGUCAAUCCACCAAUCCCCUUGAUCCCGCCUUUGCUUUGUCCUCACUUACUUUUAGUGGUAAUUGCACCAAAUUAGUACCCUGGUACUUGCAUAGUAGCCUACUAUUGUACC